UCUUUAUAUUUACAUGUCUUGCAAGACUACAGAAUUUAAACCUACAACUAAAUAUGUUAUUAAUACAAAGACAGCUACGAAGACGCCGCCGAAGAAAUCAUCUGUAUCGUUAGUCUUUACCAAAGCCAGCCGAAUCGUGGUUUGAAAUACCAGGAACUUUCUUCAGGAAACAGCUUCGAAUGGAUAGAGGUACAUUCGAUGAGCUCUUUAAYGUCCUUAAUCACUCCAUAACAAGGCAAAACACACGUCUCAGAAAUUGCGUACGACCUGAGAAGGUACUCGCCACUACAUUGUAUCGACUCGCACACAGCAACUCUUACGCUACGAUCGUUGCAUCACUUGGCAUUGGUAAAAGUACGACAAUCGAGGCUGUUCAAGAUGUAGUUGAGGAGCUCUAUCAGCUGCGAAAUGUCUACAUCAAAUUUCCUACCACUGAAGCAGAAACCCGUGCGAGUAUCAACACAUUCAGCGACCUUUCGGACCUUCCGAAAAUUGCUGGGGCAAUAGAUUGUUCCCAUAUAGAUAUCAAAGCUCCAUUUGAGAGUACAGUGGACUACUUCAGCAGAUACCAGAGAUACGAUUUCAUUAUUCAAGGUGUAAUCGACGGCAACAAAGUUUUUCUUGAUUUCGCCGCAGGAUUUGAGCCCGGAGUUGCUGCAGUUGAGGCCGAACUAUUAGCAGUGCUUGUGGAUGUAGAGGAGUUGCUCGAAGCUGUCGCAUCAGUUUCCUUUACGUGUGCGAAUGUCACAGAGUCUCUGCAUCCCAAAACUUCGUCAAUCUCGUCGUAG